CUUUGACAAGAUUUCGCUCACGCUUUUGUAUCUCGUAGCCUCACAAAAAGGCCAUUUCUGCGGCUGUUGUUAGUGACAAAAUUGCAGAGCUUUUAUUGGAACCAUGGCGACACCUGGUACCCAAGCCAAUGUAACUCCUCCUAGUAAUCCGACUCACACCCCCACCCCAACACUACAAGGUCAACGGGAGGUCAACUGUGUAUCACUCUGCAGACUGGGACAAGAAACUGUACAAGACAUCGUAGCAAAGACCAAUGAGAUCUUCGUAGUCUUAAAAUCCACGCAGCUGCCAAAUGGUGUGUCGAACACCAAUCCACAACACCAAACCAAGCUACAAGAUUUAAUUCGAAACGUCCAGAGUCAGUUCAAGAAACUCCGCUUAUUGUAUGAUAAAUGUAAUUUAUUGUCAGGAGGUAUGGACCAAAGCAACGCAGAGGAGUUGAUUCCUUGGAAGGAUGGUCAAGAUAGCUUGAGUGAUCUCUCGGGUCUCGGGUCUGAAGACAGGAUUCAGUUUGCUAACAAAGAAAAACAAGAACUCAUGAAGAAAGUGAGUGCCAAGAACCAACAGCUUCAACAGCUGAUAGAGAGGUUGAGAUCUGUAAUCUGGGAUAUCAAUACCAUGAUGGCAAUGAGACAUACAGCUUGGCCAUGAAGAUGGAGGAAGAGGUUUGGUACCGAGACUAAGGACAACAAACACUGUCUGUGCUCAAGAACAGUGCUCAAGAACGGGGAGACUGACUAUUAAUCAGUGCUGUAGACCUCAAGACUAGUCUCAGUCUCCAGACUCAGGAGCAACCACACACGGCAGGGAGCCUGACUAUCAAUCAGUGCUGUAGACCUCAAGACUAGUCUCAGUCUCCAGACUCAGGAGCAAUUACACAGUGCAGAGAGCCUGACUAUCAAUCAGUGCUGUAGAACUCCCCACUAGUCUCAGUCUCCAGACUCAGGACCAACAACACAUCACAGGGAGCCUGACUAUCAAUCAGUGUUGUAGAACUCAAGGCUAGUCAAAGUCUCCAGACUCGGGAGGAUUAACACACUUGCUACCAUGAGCAAUGCGUCAUAUCGAUACCUGGUGUCACAAACCCCUGGUAGGGAUGUACUUGAACAGAACCCUGAUUGCUCCCAAUUGUUUGCACGCGUAUUAAAACAAAAGACUGAAAUACAGUUGUUGAUAGCUAACUAAGGACACAAGCGUCAAGACUGGACUUAAACCUUAGCUCUACAGAAACACCAGAGCUUGAGUCAAAUGCGUUUAACUCCACGAUUACCAUGAUGAAACCAUGCUGAUCAAAAAUAAUUUUACAGAUGUAACAAGUUUUCAAGAAUACUUUUAUUGCCACCUUAACUUUUUAUAAUUAAUUUGUUAAUCUAUUGCGUAAAAACACUUGCAUAUUCAAUCCGUUUGAAAGACAAAGUACCGUAUACAGUGGGAGACUUUUUGGUGAUGCUAGGUGGCAGCAGACUUACCAGGUAAAUCCAUCCAUUCUCUUGUGCGCAUGCUCCGAAAGUCGUCACGGAUAAACAAUGAUAACUUACUUGUCUGUUUACUGCCAUUGUUUUAAAAAGCAACAAGCUAGUCUAUUUUAUUCAAAAACAAAUAUUUUGAAUUGUUAUACUCUUUCUAUAUCUUUUUGAUUCAAAACUAUUUGAGGCAGUCACAAUAAUAUAUUGGUACUUUUGGUCUUACUUGUAAUGUUAAAAGUGCUCAUUUUUGCAAUGGCUCAAUUGCUCUUUUCUAGGCUUUAGAGGGGGCACUGUUGGUCAAGAUCAAAGUAGGGCCCAAUUUCGUAGCUCUGCUUACCGAGGAAUUCUCGGCGUAAGAUUUUUUGCUUGAAUGGCAAGCGCUGAGUUUCUUUGCCGGAUGUUUAAGCAAAGAAAGCUGAUUGUUUGCUAACGGUAAGCAAAGCAAUCAUAAAGCUGUUAGGCAGAACAUACUGUUGAGCAAAUUUCUAUGCUAAGCAAGAUAGGGUGGGGCACCAGUCACAACAAUAUGAACUUUAAGGACUUUUGGCUGGUAACCAUUUCUGCUAAGAAAUACUUUGACUGUGCUUGUCAAGUUUUUGUGGUUACAGGCUUUAUGAAAUUGGGCCCGGGUCUGUGGUUGUACAUUGAAUUUUUAACUCAGUAACUGCAUGUGCAUCCUACCCCAUUAUCAUACCAUAUCUAUUGUGAACGUUCACAUGUUCAGUAACUGGAUGAGAGUUCCUACUUCAAUGAACAGCAACAGCCAUGCUUUAAUCAUGACGACUGAGCCCUCAUAUAAUACUUUCUGAGUGUACAUCUCUCUAUUUGUAAAUACAAUUAUUACUGGUUCGCCUUUGAAAAGGUAGACUGAACAUUUCUUAUUAAAAAGUGAAAUGAAUACAACAUCA